UUAUCAAAUAAGGAAGUCUAUAAUACCUGAUAAAAGCUAUCUAUUGCAUUCCCUUUCAUCUCAAUGGCAGUUGCUUGACUUGUGCAUGACACAUAAAUACACAAGCUGUCAUCUUUGCUCAUGAGCAAUGCCUAUAUUUUGUCAGUAUACAUGGCUACCUGUGAAUUACUGAAUUGUGUUUCUUGGGCAUACAAUGGUGUAGUUACGGCAUCAACUAACAGGGGCUAAGUGGACCAUGCUAACCAAUGAAACUUUUAGCCUGUGCAUAAAAAUAGUACACUUUUUGGAAUUAUCCAGAAAUGUAGAUGAUAUAUUGUCAUUACGUAUCUUUUCAGUCAUGACAUCCUCCAGUGGUGCACUAAAUGAGGAGCUCCAGUGCUCCAUCUGUCUGGAUGUGUUCACUGAUCCAGUCACCGCUCCAUGUGGACACAACUUCUGCAGAACCUGCCUGAACAAGUGCUGGACAAACACACAGACCUGCUUCUGUCCACUCUGUAAAGAAAAGUUCAGCAGAAGACCUGAUCUCAAGAUUAAUACAACACUCAGAGAGGUUGUGCAGCACUUUAAGGAGAAGUUUAGUCUACAAAGAUCUGAGGUGUUGUGUGACUUCUGUGAUGGAAGAAAGCAGAAAGCCGUGAAGUCCUGCCUGACGUGUCAAAGCUCUUACUGUGAGACUCACCUGGAGCCUCAUCACAGAGUCCCACGUCUAAAGAAACACACACUGAUCAACGCCGUGGAAAAUCUGGAGGAUUAUAUAUUCCAGAAACACGAGAGCCCUCUGGAGCUGUUCUACAGAGAUGAUCAGACGAGGGUGUGUCUGUCCUGCACUGAAGGAGACCACAGGACUCACAACACUGUUCCUAUAGAGGAGGAGAGUCAAGAGAAGAAGAAUCAGUUGGUUCAGACACAGACAGACGUGCAGCAGAUGAUCCAGAACAGAAUGAAGAAGAUUAAUGAGAUCCAGCACUCAGUAGAGAUGAAAAGGAAUAUAGAUAAAGAGAAAUCAGCCAGUGUUAAGCUCUUCACUGAUCUGAUCCGCUCCAUUGAGAGAUGUCAGUCUGAGCUGCUGAAGAUGAUGGAGGAACAGCAGAAAGCAGCAGAGAAACAGGCUGAAGAUCUCAUUAAAGAGCUGCAGCAGGAAAUCUCUGAUCUGAAGAAUAAAAACACUGAGCUGGAGCAGAUCUCACACACUGACGAUCAUCUGCACCUCCUACAGAUGUUCUCAUCCCUGUACAGUCAUCAACACACCAAUAACUGGACUACUAUCAGUAUUGACUCUGAUGUGAAUGUGUUCCCUCUGCAUAGAGCUCUGACUCAAAUGAAAAAAACUCACGAGACAUUAAAUGAACAACUCUGUCAAACAGGGUUGAGGUGGGCACGCAAAUAUGCAGUGGAUGUAACUCUGGAUCCUGUUACAGCGCAUCCAUAUCUCAUCCUGUCUGAUGAUGGAAAACAAGUCAGCCUUGGAGAUAUUGAGCAUGACGUCCGAAAUUCCCCAAAAAGAUUUGAUGUCUGUUAUUGUGUUCUAGCAAAGCAAGGAUUCAGUUCAGGCAGAUUUUACUAUGAGGUGCAGGUGAAGGGAAAGACUGAGUGGGAUUUAGGAGUGGCCAAAGAAUCCAUUAACAGGAAGGAGAUAAACACAAUGACUCCAGAGAAUGGAUUCUGGACAGUGGCUAUGAUAAAUGAGAAUGAAUAUUUAGUUUGUGAUGAUCCAGUGGUUGCUUUCCCUCAGAGAAAGACACCUGAGAUUGUGGGAGUGUUUGUGGAUUAUGAGGAGGGUCUGGUCUCUUUUUAUGACGUGGGUUCCAGCUCUCAUAUCUACUCUUUCACUGGUCAGACUUUCACUGAGAAACUCUAUCCAUAUUUAAGCCCAUGCCUUAAUGAUGGAGGUAAAAACUCACGCCCAAUGAUAAUCACACCUGUCAAAUAA